AUGCGCAAAAGCGCUUUUCUCCCUCUCUUUUUUCCUUACUUCUUGCUCGUAUUCUUCGUUGUCUUCUUUAUCGUGUUCUCGUCGACGAGAACGACGAUACCUGUUGUUUCUGCGGAGGAUAAAGAACCAUCAUCGUCAGAAUCAUCGCCGAAAUUUUCAACUGGUUUUCCCGACAUUUCUGUCGCGAAACACGCGUCGAAUGAAAACGAACGCCUCGCGAAACUCACCAAUGGACGAAAAAAGUUAAACGUUGUUUUAGUCACGUGCGAAUUCGACGGCCCGACGAACAACGGCGGCAUUGGCACGCAGUUUACCGCUCUGGCAAAAUUGUACGCCAAAAAUGGCAAUUUUGUGACCGUCGUGUUCACCGAAGGCGAGAGGAGUCAAAACAAACCGUUCUCGCACUGGGAGAAAUUUUACCGAGAGGAACACGACAUCGAAUUAGUCGGUUUGUAUCGACCGAACAAAAAUUACAUCGGACGGCAUUUGCUGGAAUCGCACGAGGUGUACAAGUAUUUGAAAACGCACGAGCACGUUUUUGAUGUCGCGCAUUUUCACGAUUACAGAGGCGCGGCGUAUUAUUCGCUCUUGGCGAAGACGCAAGGGUUGUUUUUGAGGAAUUUGUUGAUUGUGGUGCAAACGCACGGGAAUAACAAAUGGGCGAAGGUAGUCGGUAACAACGAGGUUUUAGGAGACGUUGGCGAGUUGGAGAUGGAUUUUAUGGAGCGAAGGGCGGUGAAGUUAGCUGAUUAUGUGGUGUCGCCUUCGAGGUAUUUGUUAGAGUGGAUGCGAAGAGAGUCUUGGGCGGAAAAUACAAACGGAGAGGCGAUUGUGCACCCGAACUUAUUGCCAGAGGAAAGUAGAAAAGGAAGAAAUAGCAUGAGUAGUGAUAGUAUUAGCGAUAAUGAUUAUAGCGAUGAUGAUGAUCGUAGCGCCGAAGAAGUGGAAGACGAGAAGAGACGAAGCGCGGUUAUGGUGGACGAGUUGGUCUUUUUCGGUCGCUUCGAGACGCGCAAAGGCGUGGUCGAGUUCUGCGAUGCCGUGGAUAUUUUGCUCAAAAACGAGACAAUGGCGUCAAUGAUUAGUAAAAUCACCUUCUUAGGACGCGCAGCGUCGGUUUUGGGUCAAAACGGUCACGAGUACGUCAGGGAAAGGGCGAAGAAAUGGACGAACAUGCCGUGGCGGAUUGAAACUAGAUUCGGAAGCAAAGAGGCGAAAGCGUAUUUGAAGAGUCCGGCGGCGAAUAGGAAGGGGAAUAAGAGAAAGCUAGCGGUGUUGCCCUCUCUGAUUGAAAAUUCCCCGUACGCGGUGUACGAGUGCGCGGAACUUGGGAUUCCAUUCUUAGCGAGCGAUGUAGGCGGUACGCGCGAUUUGUUGCGUGAAGAAGAUCGCGCGAUGUCGCUCAUCGGCUAUUCGGAAGAAGACACGUACCACGAAAAAAUGGCGAUGACGGGCGAGCUCUUAGCGAAUAGAAUUCGGGAGGUUUUAGAGAAGGGCGCGUUAAGCGCGCGACCGAGAUACGAUGCGGCUGAAAACGACGAGAAGUGGUUGCGAUGGACGACGCACGUCGUCGUGGAGUACAAAUCGAAACGAGGUGGCUUGAAUUUCGCGAGUAAUUAUCGAGACGAUGAUAACUCCGUUGUUUUCCUAAAAGAUACGAACAUCGAAGCAAAGGAUCUUCCGUUCGUGUCUAUCGUCAUGACGCACUACGAUCGGCCUCGGUUGUGCAAAGUUGCCAUACAAAGCGUCAUCGAUCAAGACUACCCGCACGAGAAAUUCGAAUUCAUUCUCGUGGACGAUAAAUCGCCUUCACACGAAGCGCAACUCUUCCUCGAUUCGUUAGAGGCGGAUUUCAGAAAACGAAAUUGGAAAAUCGUACGGAAUAAGGAAAACGUAUACCUCGGGGGUGCCAGAAACGUCGGUUUCAAACACGCGAAAGGAAAAUACGUCAUGUUCAUGGACGACGAUAACUACGCGAAACCGCACGAACUGCGCACGUUCGUCGUCGCCAUGGAAAACGGCAACGCAGACGUGUUGACCUCCUUAGUUCAAUUCUUCUGGAGCCACGAUAAUCCGUUAAAAGCGAGAGAAAUUGUCGACGAUGAACCUUCGUAUUUGUUCCUCGGCGGCGACGCUGAAACUGGCGCGUUCAAAAACUGCUUCGGCGACGCUAACUGUUGCGUCCGUGCGACGUCGUUUGAGAAAAUCGGCGGAUACACCGAAGACAAACAGAUCGGUUUCGAAGACUGGGAAAUGUAUGCCAACGCAUCCAUGCGCGGUUUCCAAGUCGACAUCGUCCCGGAGUCCGUGUAUUACUACCGAUUCUCCCAAGGCUCCAUGCAACGCACGACGGAUUAUUUAAUCAACCGAAAACGCUCUUUGCGACCGUACUUGAGGACGUUACCGAAGGCCAUGCACUCGAACCUCCUCAAAGCCGCUUUCCCGAAAGCAUCGAACAACAAGAACAAACAAAACAUCGGUAAACCGUCCGGAAUGAUGGCACAAGGCGACGCUCGCUUCCACGGCGUCGACGAAGACACCUUGAUUCGAGAAGGAGAGCGACAAAGAAGAGAGCAGGAAGAAAACUUCGGCCACGUAGAGCUUUAA